AUGCCAUCGUUGAAUGUUAAAAGCAACACCAGCUAUGCAGUAAGUAUUGUAACGAAUAUAAAUCCGAAAGCGGGAUUUUUGAUAGCAGCAAUAACUGAAUCAAAAUUGAUUUGGCAAACAUGGAGCUCUCCCAGAUUAGGCACUAUUUCAAAUAUUUCACGAGGAACGAUCUCAUUUAAAUAUGCACAUGCAUAUAACCAUAAUAAUGAUUUUUCCUUCACGUUCGAUCCGUUCGUGUUGUUUUCGAAGAUAGAUGGCAGUUACGGCAUAGCGUACACUUUGGAAGCUAGUGGGAAAAAACUUAAUACUUAUAGUGACGUUAUUCCCUAUUAUAUGGUGAAUGUAGUGUUUAUCUCAAACACAAAUGAAGGUGAAACAACCGGACCAGCUAUGAUCUACACGAUACAAAAUAAAUCUCGUUCAGUGUGCUUAGAUUCAUGCCAAUCAAGAUAUGAUUCACAAGGAAUUGACUGUAUAAUUCUUGAAAUGGAUAAAAAUCGUACGAAUUCUUCCGUUGUAAAUUUGAAGAAAAUAUCACUUAAGUCAACUGGAAUAUUGACAAACGUAGUAGAAGCAAAAACCAACGAUGCUCCUUCAAAUCGUAUAAUCUUUUAUAAAUACUUCCCUAUUAAUUAUGGCGGUUGUCUUAUCGUUAAAUGCUAUGUUAUUAACGAAACAAAGACUAAUGAAACAAUGACUAUUGGAAUUACUGGUUAUAUAAGUAAAGAUGAUUUUAAUAACCCUUUUAAAAACCCACAAAAUUGGAGCAUGCCAAAUGGUUUAACGUUAUUCAACCCUUAUCGCUAUAACCGUAUUCCAGUUGGAGUCUUUCAAAAUGGUACAUACUGGCUAGCUGCAAUACAUUCAAACGGAAGUUGGUCAAUUUAUUCAGCUAUGGAUUCGAGAUUUAAAAGCAAUAAAUAUCAAAAUGGAAUGAUCAAAGCAAUAUCUCCUAGUAUAAACAGAACAAUAAGUCUUCGUUUUGAAGAUAAUUUUAAUAUUACUUAUACAAAUAAUAUCACGCGUUCAAAGGGCAAUAUUUCUAUCUAUCAAUAUUACAAUAAUGAUAUCAAUCAGAGGCAAUUAAGACAAACCUAUUCAUCGGAAUUAGGAUGUUUCAUUAAUACUACCUAUCGAAUUAAAAAUACUGAUAACGUCACAAUGAGCUGUCAUAUUUUGCCAAGUACUUUCAAUGCUCCCAACUCCAGCUAUAUAAUUACUUUAGAUCAUGGGUUUGUUAAACGUAAAGAUUCUAAAGAACCAAUAAAUGGCCUUACAUGGAUUAUGACAACUGGAUCUUACACUCAGCCAAAUGAAUAUGCAGAUCACAUUACGGGAACAUUACGUCUUUCUGAAGAUGGAACUAAGCACUUUAAUGAUUUAUCAUAUGAUAAACAAUUAUUAUUCAUUGAAAGAUUAAACAAAGAACUUAUUCAAAGUAUUCCGACUGAUCCUUCAAGGCUAACUUUUUCUGGACGCUUUAACUUUGAUUUAACUACUCCAAAGCAUCAAGUAUUGCUGGAAAUGAAAAUCAUUGAAACUAGAAAUUCUUUCCAGCCAAAUGCAGUUCAAAUAAUGAAAGAUCUGAAUACACUAAUUAAAAAUAAAUACAACACUAUGCUUGCAAUUUUGCCUAAUGCUGGUUAUAUUGAUGAAACUUUUCCAUUUGAGCCAGUAUUAAGCGUGUGGGAAGAAACAAAGUUUUAUUUAUUAGGCUUUGGAAUUGCAUUAGCUGUUUCAGUUCCAUUAUACUUUCUGGCAUGCAACAACAUAAUCUUCUUCACUACUAUUUUAAGCUUAGCUCAUUUUGUUCUAAACAUUUCAUUUAUUAUAAAAAAUGGAAAAGAUGUUCCAUUUCUUUAUAUUCCAAGUGCUUUUAUAUUGUCCUUAAAUAUCGGGUUAGAUGCAAUACUUGCAUUUAUAAUAUUCACCAACGAAAUUUCAAAUUAUUAUUUCAAAGAAUGGCUCGCUGAUAAUUUUACUUAUGCAGCUUUAUUUACUUUGUUAGCUGGUGCUGAUGUUGAAAUUUUGCUAUUGCUAAAUUCUCAUUUUGCAGGUUUUGAAUUGUUUAAUGCACCAUUUUCACAAAAAUCAAGAGAUUAUAUAUUUUGGGGAAAAUUUGCAACUAUUUUUAUUGAUGGAAUACCAUGGUUAAUCAUACAA